AUAGUUGACAUGGCGCAGUUUUAAAGUUAUUCUUGUUGUGGCUGCUUUCUGUUACAAUUCUUUCCUGUUUGAGUCUUAAAAAUGGGUAUACUUUAUAGCCGACAAGAUGGAGAGGUAGAAAAUUUUAAUAUGUCUUUCAUGAGUUACAGAUAUCCAGCGAAAUCCGGGAAUUAUUUCUCAAGUCAUUUCAUCAUGGGUGAUCAGAUGUUCACGGGAACUCAGCCCGAAUGCUUUCUGUUUGGCGAUAACAGUGACUUGAACUUUCUACCGUCAAAACCAGCUUCGUUUCCAUAUCCAGAACCAUCAAAGUCCGAACCUACCAAAAUGCUGCGGAGCUUGUUGAAUUUACGUAAAGAUUCUUUAAGGCUUGUGAAACACAUCAGUGAAUCAACAGGAAAAGAAGACGAAAGUUCUACUCCAACCUAUUACAUUGACUUCACUUUUGAUGCAGAUGUAAAAUGUUCUGUCACAAUUCAUUAUCUUGCAUUUGAGGAUCUAUCCUCUGGGCAUGCCGUUUACAAAACGAAUGACAGUUUGCUGACGUCACGUGCAUUUCAAUUUGACAAGGGACCCAAACAGACGUUUUGUAAGCAUGGAAAGCUUCAUUUGAUCAAACCCAGUGAUUUUAAAGAAUCAGAGUUGAUAUAUUCUGAAACAUCCAAUCACAUUCCCGUUGUAAUCCACAUCACUGCGACAGAAGAUGAAUAUGCUGGACACUCCAAUAUCACCUUGGCAAACAUUGAAAAGCUUUCAGAUGGAACAUUUACCAUUAAGUUACUCAAGCAAAAACAAAUGGUUGAUGGAUUGUGUUAUUUACUUCAUGAUAUUUACGGACUUGAAAGCAAAUACGAGACGAACGAGAAUAAAUCCACUGACGUAUGCGACGUUGAUUAUGAUGAAUAUGCGGAUGAGAAUGUUGUUUGCGUGGUGUGCAUGAGUGAAACACGUGAUACGCUGAUGUUGCCUUGCAGGCAUCUCUGCGUCUGCAGUGAUUGUGCUUCCAGUUUGCGUAGCGGCUCCAAUUUCUGUCCUAUUUGCCGAGUCCCUUUCCACGCACUUCUACAGUUAUGUGCAUAUCAAAGAACAAAUGUCAAUUCAAAAUCCCACAGUCCUUAUCAUGGUUACGAAAAGGUGGAUUUGUUCGAUGCAUUAAAUGCGUUUUCUGUCGGGAAACGCGAAAGUGCUCGCGAGAUCGUACGUAGAGUAAGUGCUCGUUUUGCAAAGUCUCGAAGUCGACCAGCAACUCCUAAACCAUCGCAGUUUACAACGACCAACAGCGAGAAGACUUUACGUCGCUCAUCAUCGAGAUUCUCACGUGGAUCCCGCGGUUCUUACAAACAUGAACGCAGUGACGUGACAAGCGAGCCUUCAGAUAUUACCAGCAGAUCUUCUAUUCGCAGCUCUAGUCAAAGCUCUGCCAGAGUUGGCUCAUCAAAAUCGCACGUCGUUGAGGUGGAGGAAAGUGUCGAUGAUGGUGUUGAGGUUGGACAAGAUAACCUUGGAAUGGACAGACUGGAAGAUGAACAUAGGGCAACUCAAGAAAGCGAAGAUGAAAUUCCUGAGAUUGACGUCACAACCACUCAUGUUUUGUCGCCAUCCCCCUACGAACUCUCUUCACCUACCAUCCCCGGUCAUGAUGGUCCCCAUUCGAUCCAUGCAUUUCCUAUGAACGUGGCCACAAAUCUUACUAUACGUCUUCCUGGAACACCUCUGGAUAAAGACAUUGCUUGCAGCGCGGGCGCUGAAAGUGAAUCACGUUCUGGAGGGUCAUCGGACGACUUUCAAAAAAAGGAAACUUUUAUCGUGUAACAAUUUGCUAAUGUUUCAUAUUUUUUGCUGAGUGAAUUUUUUCAUGGUCAUAAUGCUUAAGUUAGACUCGGCUAAUGCAUUGACCCGAUUGACUGCACGUGGCAAGACUUGACUGCACGUGUGCAAGAUUUGACUACACGUGUUCAAGAUUUGCCUACACGUGUGCAAGAUUUGACUGCACGUGUGUAAGAUUUGACUGCACGUUUGCAAGAUUUGACUGCACGUUUGCAAGAUUUGACUGCACGUGUGCAAGAUUUGACUGCACGUGUGCAAGAUUUGACUGCACGUGUGCAAGAUUUGACUGCAUGUGUGCAAUUUAUGACUGUAUGAGUGCAAAUUUUGUGUGCAUGAGUGCAAAUUUUGUGUGCAUGAUUGCAAAUUUGUGUGCAUGAGUGCGAAUUUUGACUGCAUGAGUGUGAUUUUUGACUGCGUAGGUGCAAGUUUGCGUGCAGCCAACGAAGCAAAUUAUUUUUUAUUUUUUGACCAUUGCUUUUCGUUAAUGUCAACUUUACUGCAUGGUGCUUUUGUGAAACAUUGGUUUUACGCCAUUGUGGUUUUCACUACGAAUGUUUUUGCUGAACAAAUUGUGCAAAAAAUUUACCCGUGGAUGUAGCGUUUCCCUAUUUGUUUGUUCAUUUGUAAUUAUGAUACUAAUACUAACAGCAAUGAAUUGUGCUUUUGUGAAACAUUUUUCAUACGUCAGCAGAGGACUCAAAAAUGUUUAUAUCCGGACUGACUUAAACGGUAAAUAACAUGUUUAUUUUUUGCUAAA